AUGGCGAGUUUACGCGUUUCAGAAUGGCGAAAACUUCCAUCUUUUAGAUGGAAGAAGCUCAAAAAUGAGGAGUGGACUUGUACUCUACACGGUCGAAUCCUGAGUUUAAAGCAAGAUGAUUCAUACCUCCAUUACCGGUCUAUGAGGCCGUAUACUCUAGGAUCUUCAAAUGGGUCUUUAAAUAUAAAAGCUGAAAUUCAAGAUCCGAUCAAGGAUGAAGAUGAAGAUGACACCGAGAGACUCCUCAAGCAUUAUCUGAAUCUAGAGCCGAACCUCACUGCACUUUAUGAGUAUUGGUCUUCUGUUGAUCCGAACUUCAAGAAGAGAGCGCCGAAAUUCACAGGAGUCAGGAUCUUGAAGCAGGAUGCUUGGGAAGCUCUUGUGGGAUUUAUUUGCAGUAGUAAUAAUAAUAUUAUACGAAUAUCACAGAUGGUCAACAAUCUUUGUCUACAUUAUGGACCUCUCAUUGGCCACGUUGAUGCUCAACCAUAUCAUGACUUCCCAGCACCUGAAACUCUUACAGGGCCUGGAGUCGAGGCUCACCUGCGUGAACUGGGAUUUGGCUAUCGCGCAAGCUAUAUAGCUAAGACGGCUAAGAUGGUUGCCAAGGAGAAGCCGGAAGGCUGGCUGCAGAAUUUAUCUAAUGUUGACCACAGUCCAGACCAGAAAAUGCCGCCUGGGGGCCGCGAUGGCUACCGAAAGGCUCAUGAGGAACUCCUACAACUCCAAGGUGUAGGCCCUAAGGUGGCGGAUUGUGUUUGUCUCAUGGGUCUUGGUUGGGGGGAAUCUGUGCCUGUAGAUACACACGUAUGGCAAUUCGCGCAGAGGGAUUAUAAAUUCGGCAAGGGAAAGCACAAGAGCUUAACAAAGGCUACUUACGAUGCGGUCGGUGACCAUUUCAGACAACUCUGGGGAAUUGAAGCUGGUUGGGCGCACUCAGUACUUUUUGCGGCAGAUCUGAAAACAUUCUCAGAAAGACUGACUAGUAAAGCGAAGGAAAUUAAGGUGGAAGAAGUCAAGGUUAAGCAAGAAGGGGAGACAACUGUUGAGGUAAAGACGGUAGUGAAACAAGAAUAUCUUUUGAACGGAAUUAAGGAUGAGUUCGAGGAAGAAAAUACUGUUGAAUUGAUAAAGGACUUCAAGGAUAGUCCGAGAAAUCAAAGAGCAAAGAGGAGAAGGUUAGGAUGA